AUGGCAGGCUCGGAUCUGAUCGACUUCGAGGUCAUCGAGGGACACAAGGAGAACAUUCAGGCGCUACCCAGUGGACGAUCGGCGAGAGCUUUGGCAGCCCUGUACUCACCACCCUUGACCAGCGGACAACAACGCACCUCCCUCACCAAGGACGCUCAUGACGACGAGCGCAACGAGUACGAGGAUGAACUUGCCUUGAUCGACGAAGCAGACGACCCACUCGGUAUCUACGACCGCUACGUCAAGUGGACCCUCGACACAUACCCUUCGGCACAAUCAACACCGCAAUCACAACUGCUGCCUCUGCUCGAACGUGCCACCAAAGCCUUCCUUUCAUCACCACAGUACAAGAACGAUCCUCGCUAUCUGAAACUAUGGCUACACUACAUUCGCUUCUUCUCCGACGCCCCUCGCGAGACAUUCGUCUUCCUUAAUCGCCACGGAGUCGCCGAGUCGCUCGCACUCUAUUACGAGGAAUUCGCUGCUUGGCUCGAACACGCCGGCAGAUGGACACAAGCAGAAGAAGUCUACAAUAUGGGUAUUGAGAAGGGUGCCACACCUGUCGCACGCUUGACGAGAAAGUUCAACGAGUUCCAGCAGCGCAACGCUGCUCGUGAUCAAGAGGUUGCCGAACCCACAAGCCCUGCUCUUCCUGUCGCUCGCGCCGUCCUGGGCGCAAAGGUCGAUCCUUUCGCAGCUGCACUCGCCGCAACCACCCCACAACAAGCAGCCAAGCCUGCUGCAACCAAAAAGUCCAAGGCUGGAAAGAUGGCCAUCUUCAGCGACGAAUCUCCACAAGAUCAAAGUGCUUUCGGAACUCCUGGCGAGAAGAAUGGAUGGGAUAACAUCGAGUCGAUUCAGAACAGAAAGAAGGAGAACGCCAUUGCGCCCAAGCCCAUGGCCGGAGAGACAUUGAAGGCAGGAAAGACAAACACCGGCAUGCAGAAGAUGUCUAUUUUCAGGUCAUCCUCUACUGUACGACAUGCCUACGAAUUAAGUAAACAUGCUUCCCAACGAGUCAUCAACCUGAAGACUGGUAGACCCGAAUGUGUCUUUGUGAAUCUUGAAGCAGUCUAUCCUAACCCGAGCGAUCCCUCUGUCGAAUUCUGCUUCGAGGAGCUAAGAGCCAGGCAUCGUGGCUGGCUAGAUCGUGACUGGGCUGCUGAGCGAGAACAAGCGUUGUCUGUUAACCAAGCACAGGUGGAACCUGAAGUCAGUCAACAAUCAAAAGAGCCUAAGCGUGGAUUUGCCAUCUUCAGCGACGCACCUGCUGCUGCAAAGCAACCUGAACAAGAACGCCCUACGAGUCAACGCGGUUUCCAGAUUUUCCAAGAUGGCUCCGAGAACAAGUCGUCACCUCUGACCAUCGACACUUCGCUCAAAGUCAUACCUGUCAAAGACGAGAACGACGAGAACAGACCCCCUUCCAAGGCUGAUGUUGAACUUGCAAAGAGGAUGCGCCGCGAAGAGCGUGCUAACCGGACUCGCAAGAUCCAGGUUAUGGAUGUCGAACAUGUUCAAAAGGAGACUCAGACCAUCAAACUCAACAUGGACUCGCCUUCAGGGAAGAAACUACGGAAGAAGAAGGUUGCCGAACCCACAAUGACCAUCAACACGAAGGAAGCCAUGGAUGAAAUCUAUGGCAUCUUCAGCCAACCGGUCCAGACUGCUGCUGACGAGGAAGUCGAAGAAUCCGAGAGCGAGGAAGAUAGCGAAGACGACAGUGACGACGAUUACAGCAGCGAUGGAGAGGAUACCACGACGGGUCAUGUUUCAGCUGCAGGAAGCGAUUAUGGUGACGAGACACGACGAGAGAUUCUUGCAUCGCAACAAUCCUCCCAAGAGGAAACGACGCAAAAUACCGAGGACCAAGAAGAUGAUGAUGAAGACAAGACUGAUGUUAGCGCUUGGUCUGAUUAUGAGGAAAGCAAGCCUGUCACCGAUACUGCUGCGACCUCUGCACACUCUAGAGAUGGUUUGUCAACACCAAUCGAUGAGAUGCCUCCACCUUUCGAUGGCGAGAACGAGGAGCAGAAGACAAAGUAUGUCCCGAAACCACCUGAGGGUUAUGAACCUGUAAGGUCGCAGUAUCGGGAUCCCGUCAUCGUGGCUCAGAACCGUCUACCGUUUAUGACGCCCAUUGUCGAGCACACAGAGUCUUCGAUUGGUGCUGCAACCAUCCGAGCCGAGCUGGAAAAAGGGUUCACUGCCAAAACCCCGUCGAGACAGAAUCACGGCAAUGCUGAUAUCGAGGAAGAGGAUGAGGACGAAGAAGAUGAGGACGAAGACAGUCUUAUGAGCAGCCCCUUCCAAGUCCUCAGUGGCGCCGAGCUAGAGAACAAACGUAAGAUCCUACAGCCCAUCCGCACGAAAACGACAAAGGGCAUAGUAUCCCUCAGCGAAGACGUCGCAGGCGCUGCUAAACCCAAGCCUCUCGCUCUACGCCCAGCACUUGCGGAGCCCAUCACCAAAGGACCUAUCAUCAAAGAUCCACAACUCAACCCAGUAGACCCAGAACUCCGCCAGACCAUCUUGUCACAAAUUCAUCCCCCAUUGAGCUCAUACGAAGGCUACUUUGAGCACAAAAACAUCCAACACGCACGCACACCUGAGAUCCGCAAAUACUCGAAAGCAGUUGGAAAAGGCAAGACCGCUACAGAAAAAAGCAGCGCCUCUCUACCUCCUGCUCCUAUCCUCAACCUCGAGAGCAGUAAGUACACCUUGAAGCGCGAGUUGGGUGCUGGUGCCUUUGCACCAGUUUACUUGCUCGAAAACCACAAUGUCUCAGCCUCUCCCGAAACUACCAACGAAAACGACGAGAACGCGUCUGUCAUGGGACAGGGAAACUAUUCAGCAGUCCAACGCCAUUCGUUCGAAGCAUUGAAGAUGGAAGAUCCUCCCUCGGCCUGGGAGUUUUACAUGUUGCGACAAGUCCACCGUCGUCUAGGAGUAUCGCGAGCCACCGAAUCAGUGAUUCACGCUUACGAGAUGCACAUCUUCCGUGACGAAGGUUUCUUGGUUGAGGAAUUCCGCGGUCAAGGCACAUUGCUUGAUCUGAUCAACGUAGCCAGGGCAGAGGCAGGAGGAACACUUGACGAAGCUCUAGCCAUGUUCUUUGCCACCGAGCUGAUAAGAGUCGUGGAAGCAUUGCACAGCAAGGGGCUAAUCCACGGAGACCUGAAGGGGGAUAAUGUGUUGGUGCGCUUGGACGACUGCGCGUCUUGGAGCUCGACUUACGACCCUUGCGGCGCAAACGGCUGGAAAGCAAAAGGAGUAUCAUUGAUCGACUUUGGCAGAGGCAUCGAUAUGCGUGUGUUUGCCUCAGAGGUCCAGUUCGUAGCUGAUUGGGAAACUUCCGAUGCUGAUUGCGCUGAGAUGAGGGAGAUGCGUCCUUGGACCUACCAAGUGGAUUACCAUGGUCUAGCCGGUCUCUUGCACUCACUACUGUUUGGCAAAUACAUGAGCACCAUUGCAGAAAAAGGUCAAGGUCUCGGUGCAGGAGCAACGAAACACUACAAGAUCAAGGAGGGGUUGAAGAGGUAUUGGCAACAGGAGAUUUGGGGCGAGGCGUUUGAGAUGCUGUUGAACCCGACCAUGUUUGUGCAGCAAGAAGAAGGUGCAAAGAUGCCGCUGUGCAAGGGAUUAAAGGGACUGAGGGAGAAGAUGGAGGGUUGGUUGGUGGCAAAUUGCGAUAAGGGUGUUGGUCUCAAGACGAUGGUCAGGAAGAUGGAGGAGGCAGUCAAGGCGAAGAAGAGGUGA